AUGUCGAACCGAAAUGUGACGGCAGUUGUCUCUCCUUCGGAUCCAGCACGCUAUUCCACGACAACCUCGAGUGCAUCUAAAGAAAAGUAUCCAGCAGACACUUCCACCUACCAACAGUUUCCUGAAGUAGUGCCCCAGCCUCAACCCCAAACUCACCUGCAACCAGAUCCUGUCUUUCAACAGCAAUACCAUUACACAAACGGCUACGCACCGGAAGCUGGCCAGCCAGUGUCGCAUCCUCUCAGACCCAAUCCCUGGGACCUGUCGCCGCUCGCGUUCGGAUUGUUGGUGGCAGCAAUUACAGCCGUUGUGGUGGGCGGUGCAGUGGGUGGUGGUGUUGGGGGAGCGCUGUCGGGAAAAAAAUCAGGCUCAUCAAGUCCACAAGAUUCAACAGUGACCGUCACUGCGAGUGCCACAACAACACCGAUGCAGUCCUCAUCCUCAACACUAACCUCCUCCGGCCUGCCCUCCCCCUCAUCGCUCGAAAAUUUUGUCGCACCUGAACCCUACUACGUGGAUACGCUGCAAGAUCCUGGCUGUGCGGACAGCAAUUCCCUUAUUGAAGUUCAAUACAACACCUCUUUCGAUAUCCUAUGUGGUGUUGACAUGUUGAAUCACGUUGCCGACGAGAACAACCCAGAUUUACAAGUCGCUGAUGUUGUGGGGUUGUUCGCUUAUAGCCUGACCGAUUGUCUGUAUGCUUGCUCGAACAUGAUUCAUUUCACUCAGCUGUAUGGUCAGGAUUAUGCAGGCGGAAACAUGCAAACGUGUGUCAGCGUCACCUGGGACUACCAGAUGGCACUGAGCAACGACAGUUGGAGCGCCAAUUGUUGGUUGAAGAACGGCAGCUCUAGUGGUACUCAAUGCAAUACGUGCAUUAGUGGCAAGCUGGUAACUUGA